GACCAGCGGAACAAUCCCGCGGAGUGCGUCGUGCGGGCCGGCGCGAUGAUCCCGGGGCCGCUGCAGAUGGACAUCGAACUCUCGACCCAGAACGUCGUGUCGGUCGGGUCCGAGAUGAUUCUCGGCAUCUUCUGGCCGCUCCCACUGUGCAUUGAGAAGUUCAAGCAUCAGCCGCCCAAGUCGCAGAUUACGACGCACAAGCACAAGGGCAUCACGUACAAAGGCGUUGUCAAGGACGAGUCGUUCGGGGCCCCCAUCGGUUGCAUCCGGCUCAACGAUUCCGACGUCCAGCAGUUGACCAUGAACACGAGGCUCAAUAAUGGCGGGGGUGGCGAGUUCGUCGAGCAGAUAUUCAGCUCCAUCCGCUCCCGCCUCACGUGCAUCGCCACCCGCGAGCAAGGUUCGCUCGACCCCGCCAGCUCUGGCGGCCCUGGAGCCGACGCCACUUUCAAGUUCAAAGCGAAGCCGGCGAGCUGCGGGGAGGAUGGCAUGGGCGACGUCUUCGGGUCCGACUUCCAGUUUCUGUGCAAGAAGGCAGGUGGCAGGAAAGCAGCAGCUCCGUCAUCGGCGGGCCCCCCGCGCGCCGGCGGCGCUGCCGGGGCCGCCUCUGCCUCUGCCGCGGGGCGCGUGGUUAAGAAGAGCACCAAGAAGCAGGCCCAGAUGGACCACAGCGAGCGGGUCAUCCUCGCCGCCAAGCAAGUGCUGAGCCACGUCGGCAACCCCGACACUGCAGUGGACGUCUCCUCCAAGCUGUGGUCCACAGUGGACCAGCUCAAGGCGAGGUGCAAGCCCGCGCUGAUCGAUUUAUACAGCGAGGACUACUCGUCCGCUACCACGUCUCGGACUGGCAUGACGAUUUUGUCGGAGGUCCGACAUUUCCAACAGUGCCUGACGACCGUUGCAACGUACGUUGACGCAGCUUACGCCGAGCCGUUCAACUCCGCCAAUUUCGCCACCGCCGCUGCCGAGCUCGUCUCGGCGUCGACUGGCGGGAAGCUCUUGGCCGCGCCCACGUUCGUCUACAAAGCCUGGGUGUCUGCUGCGAAUGCGUGCCUGGCCGCAGAACAAUAUGCAGACUGGCUCCCUAUCGUGGAGCGCCCGCACUUCUUUCCGGCGGACCUGCUCCAGUCUUUCGACCAGGUUGAGCUGGAGAAGUUCCGCGAGAUGUAUAUCACCGACGCGUUGUUGGACCUCUUGCGCAAGGAGUCCAAGGAGCAUGUCGUGAGGGCCAUGGCGCCCGGCCUCGCGGCCUACGCCGCGGCCCGGCUGCCGCCGAGCGGGGGCGGAGCUGAGCCGAAGGUGGCCGCCUGCGGUUUCGCCGCGGACCUGCUGAACCUCUGCAAGAUCGCAUUGGUGAGGGGUCAGCCCGCGGACGUGGUGGAGGCGGUCUACGCCAUCAAGACGGGCAUGACUGCCCCAGGUGCGGCCAACUACACGGCCCGCUUCGCGCGGGCGCUCCAGCUCUUCCCCACUGGCAUCCAGUUGGUGGCGGCGUGUGACCUCGAGAAGGCCGCGGUGAACGCGGAGGCUGGCUGUCGGCUUCAGAUGGUUGCGGUCCGGGAGAAGGUCGACUUGAUCGCCGCGCCGACCAUCGGCGUGGACAUCGUCGUUGACAUCGAGCCAGAGAAGGCACCAGUUACUUUCAGUUCCGCUUUCCUCGGCAAGGUGACAGAUGCCUUCGCGCGGUGGAUGGUCUUGCAAAGUAAUGCGACAGAACGGUUCACGUCAGAGAACUCCGAGGCUCUACGCGCCUACGAGGCGACGAUGUGUGCCCCCGUGGAGCAGCUUUUCGCAGCCGUCCGCUCGAAGUUCACGGAGUCGGUCUCGGAGUUCCACGUGGCGCUGUCCGCCGCCAUCGGCCGCUCGACGCCCAUGACGUCGAAGGAUGCCGAGGCGCUGGUCCUCCGGGUGAUGCGCAUGCGGUCAGCAUGCGCGCCCAGCAUCGCUGAGCUCGAGUUGCAGCGUUUCACCGACACCAAGAAAAUGAAGUCGGAGGUCUUGGCAGCGCUCAUCGUAGAGUACGGCGAGUGGCAGGCCAGUGCGUCCAGUCUGUUGGACACCAUCAGCAACGCAGCCCCAACCCUGCUUCGCAGCAUCUCGCAGUCCACCCAGUCGGACCUGUUCGCAGAUCAUUUCUUGAAGUUGAUCAAGCUGUUGUCUGGCCCGGGGUACGUCCAGCUCGAGUCACACUUCGGGGUGUCUGGCGCCGCUGCGUUCAAGACUGCCGUUAUUGGGCACUCGCGCCGGAGGGUGUUCAGGCUUUUGAUGUGGAAGGAGAAUAAGUUCGUCCUGAUGGCUCAGAUGGGGCUCGAGCUGGGGGGGGCGUUUGUGUCGUUGCUCCACAUCUUGUCCAACAGUGACCUCGGCGAGGUCGAGAUGUCGGACAAGUGCGCGCAGAAGCUGUCAGGCACACUCGCUGCGAGCAUGUCUAAGUGGGGCACAUCUAUUCCAUGUGCGACAGUCAAGGAGCUGGUUCAGUUGGCCACUGACUACAUCACAUCUAUUCGCCCGGCCCUUGAUCUGGGAAAGGUCCCGUUCGCCAGCGACAAGUGCGGUGUCGCUCCAGCAUCUGCCGCUCAGACUCUGCCAGAUGGCCCAGAUGAUUCACGGGACAACGUCAGCGUCGCCUCCGAUGCGCAUGUUGCUUCUGAUGCCCCGCUCGAUGUGUCUAUCGACGGGAUCAUGUGCGCGCCUACCGUCUACCAGCUGAAUGUCGCCCGGCUGCGCACGACCAGUCUGCUUGCAGAGGCGACGGGCAAG